AUGUUUAUGAAAUUCACCGAAACCGGGAGUACUGUAUCUGCUACAGUAGCUCCUGGCUGGCCAAUGAUUCCAUCUGGAAGCUAUGGAGAGACGAGUUCUCCGGCUCCGAAAUGGUUGUCAAGUGUCGAGUAUGGGAUGUUCAUCUUCGAAAUUAUUUUGAAUGUCUUCAUCGUUUUUCUAAAUGUUUCCGUGUUUUUGGUUCUCUGGAGAGCUACCAGACCAGAAUAUAAGGCUUGCUUCUACAUUAUCAUGCGAACCUUUACCUGUUUUGUAGCAGUGAAUGCGCUGGGAACUUUGGCGACAAUGAUGGAUAGAACGGCUGACGACUUUGAGGAAUGCUGGUACAUAAAACUGAUCCUGAUCGUGAACAUGUUCACCUGCAUCGCUUCUUCAAUCUGGCUCUUUUAUGCUGGUCUCAAUCGAAUGAUGGUUCUCGUCUGGCCAAAUAAAGUGAUCAAUGCCUGGGGAUGCUGGAUUGUUCGUGGUACUCUCACUUGUGCUGCUCUUCUUGCUCUUGCUCUUUCCGUCGUCUACCAGAAAAUGUGCGGAGUUUACACCCGAUACGAUGAAGCAACCAAUACCAUUCAGAUGAUGGCUAGUGAUAUGGCUGAGCCCCUGACAAUCGCUGUUUAUGUUUUCCCGUUGUCUUCGAUUGUGUUUUAUGUAGUAGCAUACAAUAAUCUUCGAAAAAAGAGACUUCUGGUGAUUAGUGAUAAAACGAAGGAGAUUAUCGAUAAAGCCGAAAGACGAACUUUGAAGAUUGGAAUGCUUAUUUUGGUGACCUACACGCUCUCCCUUCUAGUCCAUUUGUGCAUGCUCUUUGCAAUGGAAAACCAAACGUUCAAUGGUCUCUUCAACCGAAUCGAUGAAAUCGUCUCAUGUGCUCCUCAAAUUGCUCUUCCGAUGGCUCUUCUCAGUUGCAAUAGACGUCUUAUUCUUGGAGCCAAAUCCUCUUCAUCGGUUUCUCAUUCUGGAACUGUCCAAGAUUUGUACACAAAGGAGACAACGACUAACAACGAAAAGAAGAGCUCGAUGAAGUCGAAGACCUCCACGGCUUCUAAUUUCUAA